ACUAAAUGCGAUUUAUGAAUUCAUAAAAUGUUAUCUAUUUAAAAUCAAAAAAUGAAUACUUUAUCGAUCUGCUUGAUUUUAAGUUUAGUUUAUUACAUAAGGUUUGCAACAUUAUUUCCAAUCAAUAACAAGGAUACAACCUUAACAGAGGCAAGAUAUGAUUUAUUUAUACGAACAUUUACGAGACAAAAAGCUGACAAAAACGGCUUAAUAACCCCGCAACAAUUCAAAACAGUUUUAGAUUCUCAAGAUGAAUAUUGGGAUACGCAACCAUUUAAAACAUUUAUUAAUAGACAUAGCUUUCCGCUUACACUAAAUGAGUUUUGCCUGUUAAUGAUUUCCUAUGUUAAUACACAGGAGUCUACACUAUCUGACGCAAGAUUUCAUAACCACGAGCUUAUAAGACAGGCCUCAGUUAAUAGUGAAAUGGCAGGGAUACAGAUUCAAACCGAUGUUCCAGCUUCAUCAAUUGACUCAAUAGCACAAUGUCAACUAAAUAAAAAUAAUGAGGAUUUUGCAUUAUCAAACGAAUGGCCGAAUAUAUAUCCCCAAGAACAUGCAGUACAAGAGCCAUAUGGUAUUGAAAAAAUAACCGAGCACCUUCAAGCAGUUAACUCUACUGAACAAUUUCAAACUACACAGAGUAAUGAGAAUCUUGCGUUACCUGAAGCGCAGAUGACCGAUUUUUAUGAUCAUGAGUAUAAUGUACAGAAUCGAAUUAAUGAAUAUAAAAUGACCGAAGAGCAGCUUCAAGUGACUGCCUCCAUUGAAGAAUUUCGACAACUUCAGAAUGUCGAGAAUCCUGCAUUGCCAGACGAAUGGAUGAAUUUACGUGACCAAGAAUAUUCAAUACAAGAGCUAUAUGAAGAAAAUAAAAUUAUAGCGGAACAGCUUCAAAUGUUCAACUCUGUGGAACAACCUCAACCAAUUGAGGAUUAUAACGAUGCUGCAUUACCAGAUGAAUGGAUGAAUUUAUUCGAUCAAGAUUAUGCAAUGCAAACGCCACAUGAAGAUAAUGAAAAAACAACCGAGCAACUUCAAGAUAUUGACUCUACGGAUCAAUUAAAAAUAAUUCAGGGCACUAUGGAAGAGAAUCCUACAUUAUCAGAUACAGGGAUAAAUUUUAAUUACCAAGAGUACAAUAAACAGGAUCUAGGCGAUAAUACUAAAAUAUCAACAGAACAGGGUCAAGCAGUUUUUAACUCUUUAGAACAGUUUGAAACAUUUCAGAACAAUGAAGAAGAGAAUCCUACAUUAUCAGAUACAGGGAUAAAUUUUAAUUACCAAGAGUACAAUAAACAGGAUCUAGGCGAUAAUACUAAAAUAUCAACAGAACAGGGUCAAGCAGUUUUUAACUCUUUGGAACAGUUUGAAACAUUUCAGAACAAUGAAGAAGAGAAUCCUACAUUAUCAGAUACAGGGAUACAUUUUUAUUACCAAGAGUACAAUAAACAGGAUCUAGGCGGUAAUACUAAAAUAUCAACGGAACAGAGUCAAGCAGUUUUUAACUCUUUGGAACAAUUUGAAACAUUUCAGAACAAUGAAGUUCCUUUUGAAGGCGAGUUGUUCAAAGAGGUCGAUGCAAACCAAGUGAUCAGUCCCAAAGAUACAUCAUUUAGUGAACACGAUGUUUCGUUGUUGCCCUCAGAAAAACCUACCCGAAAAAGACGUUUGGCUGAAGUGCAUAUGCCCAAACAACCAGAAGAUUCCGUUGAUGAGCAUGGCAAUCCGGUGGUGCCUGCGAAAAAACCUCGCAGAAAAUCUUUAUCAAAAAUAAUUGUGACUGAUACAAAUACUCCUGUUAGUGAACCAAGUAUUUCAGGAUCGCCUGCAACAAAACCUCGCAAAAGAAGUAGAAAAUGUUCGCCAAAAGUUGAUGUAUCUGCAUCAAGUACGGGUGAAUACUCAACCGGGACUCAGGCCGAACUAUCAGUUAAUAAUAAAUCAUCUAGUAAAACUUCUUCAGAACAUGUAAUACAAUCACAUUUGUUCAAUGAACAAGAAGGAAAAAGUAAUUUAAAACUCGCAAACAGCGGGGCUCAACUUUUUCAACGGUAUUUAAUUCUAAUGGCAUCAAAAAAAAAUAGUGAUGCACAGAAUGUUCCCUCAGCUGACAUACAUCCGUUCGUAACUACAUCAUUACCUUCGUCUGAUUUAAUUUUUAAUACCUACCCUCGGCAGCCAGAAGGCUAACUAACAUUGAAGACAAUGUUAUUCACAUAGAAUG